AUGGGUCCCCAGGCAAGGACACUCUGCUUGCUGUCUCUCCUGCUGCAUGUUCUGCCUAAGCCAGGCAAGCUGGUAGAGAACUCUGACUUCCACCUGGCCGGGGACUACCUCCUGGGUGGCCUCUUUACCCUCCAUGCCAACGUGAAGAGCAUCUCCCACCUCAGCUACCUGCAGGUGCCCAAGUGCAAUGAGUUCACCAUGAAGGUGUUGGGCUACAACCUCAUGCAGGCCAUGCGUUUCGCUGUGGAGGAGAUCAACAACUGUAGCUCCUUGCUACCCGGCGUGCUGCUCGGCUACGAGAUGGUGGAUGUCUGUUACCUCUCCAACAAUAUCCAGCCUGGGCUCUACUUCCUGGCACAGGACGACGACUUCCUGCCCAUCCUCAAAGACUACAGCCAGUACAUGCCCCACGUGGUGGCUGUCAUUGGCCCCGACAACUCUGAGUCUGCCAUUACCGUGUCCAACAUUCUCUCUCAUUUCCUCAUCCCACAGAUCACAUAUAGCGCCAUCUCCGACAAGCUGCGGGACAAGCGGCACUUUCCUAGCAUGCUACGCACAGUGCCCAGCGCUACCCACCACAUCGAGGCCAUGGUGCAGCUGAUGAUUCACUUCCAGUGGAACUGGAUUGUGGUGCUGGUGAGCGACGACGAUUACGGCCGCGAGAACAGCCACCUGUUGAGCCAGCGUCUGACCAACACGAGCGACAUCUGCAUUGCCUUCCAGGAGGUUCUGCCCAUACCCGAGCCCAGCCAGGUCACAAGGUCCGAGGAGCAGAGACAACUGGACAACAUCCUGGAUAAGCUGCGGCGGACCUCGGCGCGCGUCGUGGUGGUGUUCUCGCCCGAGCUGAGCCUGCAUAGCUUCUUCCACGAGGUGCUCCGCUGGAACUUCACGGGUUUUGUGUGGAUCGCCUCUGAGUCCUGGGCUAUCGACCCAGUUCUGCAUAACCUCACGGAGCUGCGCCACACGGGUACUUUUCUGGGCGUCACCAUCCAGAGGGUGUCCAUCCCUGGCUUCAGUCAGUUCCGAGUGCGCCGUGACAAGCCAGGGUAUCCCGUGCCUAACACGACCAACCUGCGGACGACCUGCAACCAGGACUGUGACGCCUGCUUGAACACCACCGAGUCCUUCAACAACAUCCUUAUGCUUUCGGGGGAGCGCGUGGUCUACAGCGUGUACUCGGCAGUCUACGCGGUGGCCCACGCCCUCCACAGACUCCUCCGCUGUAACCGGGUCCGCUGCACCAAGCAAAAGGUCUACCCGUGGCAGCUACUCAGGGAGAUCUGGCACGUCAACUUUACGCUCCUGGGUAACCGGCUCUUCUUCGACCAACAAGGGGACAUGCCGAUGCUCUUGGACAUCAUCCAGUGGCAGUGGGACCUGAGCCAGAAUCCCUUCCAAAGCAUCGCCUCCUAUUCUCCCACCAGCAAGAGGCUGACCUACAUUAACAAUGUGUCCUGGUACACCCCCAACAACACGGUCCCUGUCUCCAUGUGUUCCAAGAGCUGCCAGCCAGGGCAAAUGAAAAAGUCCGUGGGCCUCCACCCUUGUUGCUUCGAGUGCUUGGAUUGUAUGCCAGGCACCUACCUCAACCGCUCAGCAGAUGAGUUUAACUGUCUGUCCUGCCCGGGUUCCAUGUGGUCCUACAAGAACGACAUCACUUGCUUCCAGCGGCGGCCUACCUUCUUGGAGUGGCAUGAAGUGCCCACCAUCGUGGUGGCCAUACUGGCUGCCCUGGGCUUCUUCAGUACACUGGCCAUUCUUUUCAUCUUCUGGAGACAUUUCCAGACACCCAUGGUGCGCUCGGCCGGUGGCCCCAUGUGCUUCCUGAUGCUCGUGCCCCUGCUGCUGGCGUUUGGGAUGGUGCCCGUGUAUGUAGGGCCCCCCACGGUCUUCUCAUGCUUCUGCCGACAGGCUUUCUUCACCGUCUGCUUCUCCAUCUGCCUAUCCUGCAUCACCGUGCGCUCCUUCCAGAUCGUGUGUGUCUUCAAGAUGGCCAGACGCCUGCCAAGUGCCUACAGUUUCUGGAUGCGUUACCACGGGCCCUAUGUCUUUGUGGCCUUCAUCACGGCCAUCAAGGUGGCCCUGGUGGUGGGCAACAUGCUGGCCACCACCAUCAACCCCAUUGGCCGGACAGACCCGGAUGACCCCAACAUCAUGAUCCUCUCGUGCCACCCUAACUACCGCAACGGGCUACUGUUCAACACCAGCAUGGACUUGCUGCUGUCUGUGCUGGGUUUCAGCUUCGCUUACAUGGGCAAGGAACUGCCCACCAACUACAACGAAGCCAAGUUCAUCACUCUCAGCAUGACCUUCUCCUUCACCUCCUCCAUCUCCCUCUGCACCUUCAUGUCUGUGCACGACGGCGUGCUGGUCACCAUCAUGGACCUCCUGGUCACUGUGCUCAACUUCCUGGCCAUCGGCUUGGGAUACUUUGGCCCCAAGUGUUACAUGAUCCUUUUCUACCCGGAGCGCAACACCUCAGCCUAUUUCAAUAGCAUGAUCCAGGGCUACACCAUGAGAAAGAGCUAG